CCAAGAGCGGAAAGGUUGGCGCCUUGGCGGGGGGCGUGCCGCGUGCGGGGGGCCUGGCCUUGUUGUUAGUCUCUCGCCCGUUCACGCGCCCCCAUUGGACGGACAGGGACAGCAGGAGUCUCCGCCCCCUUCCCGCGCCGCUCUGCCAAUGCGUGCAAGACACCAGACAUGACCGGGCAGUGGUGGGUGACUUGCCAUCGCGCGCAACUGCUGCUGCUGCUGUUAUAUAUUGGGAGUCGGUGGUGCCCGCGGCCCGGUCGUGGCACCUCGUUUCCAGUUUGCUCUCGAGUGGCAGGGGGCGAUGGCGAAGGGCAGCGCUGCCAUGGCCGCCGCCGCCGCCGCGGUCCUCGCCCUGGCGGCGCUCCUGUGCGCGCCGGCCGCCGCGGAGCUGGCCCGGCUGGAGCACCCGGCCAAGAACGACGGGUCGCUCAGCCUGCUCGUCGUCGGAGACUGGGGCCGCAAGGGCACGUACAACCAAUCCAGGGUCGCCGAGCAGAUGGGGAAGGUUGGGGAGCAGCUCGGCAUCGACUUCGUCGUAUCCACCGGCGACAACUUCUACGAGAACGGCCUGACUGGCACAGAUGACCAGGCGUUCGAGCAAUCCUUCACCGACAUCUACACGGCCAAGAGCUUGCAGAAGCCGUGGUACCUCGUUCUGGGAAAUCAUGACUACAGGGGUGAUGUUCUUGCACAGCUGAGCCCAGUCCUGCGAAAGAUCGACAGCCGAUUCAUUUGCAUGAGGUCGUUCAUCGUUAACGCAGAAAUUGUGGAUUUCUUCUUUGUUGACACCACUCCAUUUCAACUGAAGUACUGGACUCACCCUAAAGAUGAUCAUUAUGACUGGAGAGGAGUGGCGCCUCGAGAGAAGUACUUAGCCAAUUUGCUGAAGGAUCUGGACGAGGCCAUGAGGAAAUCAACAGCAACGUGGAAGAUUGCUGUGGGCCAUCAUACCAUGAGGAGUGUCAGUGAUCAUGGUGACACCAAGGAGCUUCUGCAGCUACUUCUUCCAGUCCUCCAGGCCAAUGGCAUCGACUUCUACAUCAACGGACACGACCACUGCCUGGAACAUAUUAGCAGCAAAAACAGCCCAAUCCAAUACUUCACAAGCGGAGGCGGUUCGAAAGCAUGGAGAGGAGUGUUCCAGCCCAACGAAGACAACGCUGAGUUCUUCUAUGAUGGGCAAGGGUUCAUGUCCCUCCAGCUCGACCACAACCAAGCCGAGUUCACCUUUUAUGACGUCAAUGGGAAUGUGUUGUACCAAUACACGCAGUCAAGCCUGAGGAAAACAAGCCACCUCCAGCCCUCUGGCUAUGCCACUGAGGAAUGAGGCGGAUGCAGAUCACCAACAGAGAAUAGAGACCGGUUCAGGUAUAUCCCACAUCCGUGUGAAAUUUGAAUGUGGUAUUGUAGUAAGCGGCAGAAGUGGUCUAUAGAGGAAAUGUACUAGUCUUAACUAGUCCUGAAGUAUGGUAUGUGGUUCAUCUAUCCAGAGAGAAGGGAUAUUUAGGUUGUGCUUCAAUACCGCUUUCAACAUUUAUCACUGCUUUUUGAGAUUAUGUGGCU